ACGAGAAGAACCCCAACCCACCUCGUAUCUUCCUCGUCGUAUAUACACGAGGAAAUUGUUCCCAAUGCCCUCUUCCGCUUCCCACACUUCCCCCUCUGCAAUGGCAUCCCUUGGCACGGCGCCGGACGAUGUGCUGGCAGAGAUCAUAUACUGCGCGACCGCACAAUGGCCGGAAGCGCCGGCGCUGCUGGCUGCCGUCUCCCACUCGUUCCAUCGCGUUGCGCACUCAACCCCCUCGGCGUGGAACCGGUUGGUGCUGCAUAUGAAGGCGGGCAACGACGCCCAGACGCUUGGCAAAACUGCGCUUUGGCUGGACCGAUCACGGUCGUGUGCCGUCGAUGUCGAGGUGUCGCUGGAGGCGGGCGAGGAGGGGGUGCACGUCCAUGAAGCGGUGACGUCGCUGAUCCGCGAACACAGCGAUCGAAUACCCUCCAUGAAGGUCCGCUGCCCCUCGCAGGCGGCGGCGUCGACCUACUUCACCUCCCUCUUCCCCGACCUCGCCACCGCGCCUCACGGCCUCCACCACCUCGUCCUCGAAGUCGCUCCGGAGAUCGGCGCAUCCUCAACAUCCCGCGCCCCGUCAUUCCAAAUAUCAUUACCAACCUCCCUCCGCACCCUCCGCCUGCACACAUCCGCCGUGCCCGCCUUCCCCUCCCCCCUCACCAACCUCCGCAAGCUGUACCUAAUCCGCCCCCUAGCCGCAACACCCCUCACUCUUUCAGAAUUUGCGUGCAUCAUCGAAGCCGCUGCAUCCCUGACAAGCAUCCACAUCAAAUCACGCGUAUUCGGCGCGCUCCCUUGCGAUCCUGUCGUCUUCCCUGCCCUCCGCACCCUCACCCUCUGGGCCAACAACCUCCCCCGUCUCCUCGACUUCUUCUCCGCCCCCAUCCUCGACGUCCUCAAGCUCAACGACCUCGAUUCCAAGCGGCCCCGCGCCUCCGCCGAGUCCUGCGAUGCCAUCUGGCGCCUCGUCAUCCGGAGCGCAGGGCGCGAGACCCCGCGCACCCUCGGCCUCACGAACAUUGCGACCGGCGAGGAUGACCGCGAAGCCCAAUGCCGGGGCUGGGUGACCUGCCUGCGCCGCCUGUACUCCCUUGAGGAGAUCCGCCUCGCACACGCGCCCGUCGAGCGCAUGCUCACCCUCCUCUCCUCGCGCUUCCGCGUCGCAGAAGAAGAGAGCGCCGAGCAGGACGGCGAGUUCCUCUGCCCCCGGCUGCGACGCGUCUGCAUUUCCGCCGACCCCUCGGACGCCGCGGCCCGCCAGAUGCGCGACGCACGGCCCGAAGUCGAGGUAGUGCGGUUGGCUGCCGAGCGAGAGGGGCUGCUGAAGGCGGAAUCGAUAUCACGGAUGCCGUCUCUCAGGGAGCUGAACGAAAUCAUGCUGCACCAGCGGACACACAUACCGGGGGUUAGUGGCUUCGGGUUCGGCUCGGCUUUCGACGUAGCGCGGAGGAAGAGGACUAAAAGUGGCGAGGAGGCCAAGUAAUGCUCCCACCACACGGACUUCAAUGGACUGUUCAUUUGUACUGGCCUUCCUUCCUAGCCGUACAUACACACUUUACCGUACGCAUGUAGUAUUCUACAUACUGUACUCCCUGCAUAUCUUGGAGACCAAUCAUAAUGAUACCUG